AUGGUUCAGCAGGGAGAAGGUGCUUCUAGUUUUGGUGUAGACAGAGAGCCAGUGUUUGUGAUGGAGGGAGAUUUAGUCAGUCUUCACACUGGUGUUAAAACAAACCAACAAGAAAAGAUUAUAUGGUAUUUUAAUGCCAUUCGCAUCGCUCAAAUCAUUGGCAGUCAGAGUAAGAUCUGUACAGAUGAUCAGUGUAAAGAGAGAUUCAGAGACAGACUGAAGCUGGAUCAUCAAACUGGAUCUCUGACCAUCACAAACACCAGAACCACAGAUGAUGGAGAGUAUAAACUGAAGAUAAUCAACAGCAACAGUGACAGUGAAAAGAUCUUCAGUGUUUCUGUUCAGGAUGUUCUUGCUAAUGAACGAGAUGAAAUGAACAGAAAGGAGGGAGAUUCUGUCACUUUACAUCCUGGUGAAAUUAAAAACCAAAAUUAUUUGAUGACGUGGUAUUUUAAUGACAUUCUCAUGGCUGAAAUCACUGGAGAUCAGAGUAAGAUCUGUACAGAUGAACAGUGUGAUGAGAGAUUCAGAGACAGACUGAAGCUGGAUCAUCAGACUGGAUCUCUGACCAUCAUGAACAUCAACAUCCAAGACUCUGGAGAAUAUACACUAGGAACCAACAGCAGCAGAUUCAGCAUCAUCAGGAAAUUCAGUGUUAAUGUCACUGAUUCAGGUCUGUCUUUGGCUGCUAUUAUCAGUGUUGUUGCUGCUGUUGUUCUGUUGCUGGCUAUAAUUGCUGGAACCAGGGCGGAGCACAGUCAUGACAAGUGUAAUGAUGGAGAAAUACAGACCCUUAUUCAGACUGCCAUUACAUGGACAGGUGUAGAUGAUGUGACAUCCCAGAAGUGUGUUGCUAAUAGGAUGUCCCUUGAUCAGGCCGAGACUCUAUGGGUGGAUGUCGCUAGUGGGAUGUCCCUUAAUCAGACAGAGACUCUACGGGUGGAUGUCGCUAGUGGGACGUCUCUUAAUCAUACAGAGACUCCACAGAUGGAUGUUGCUAGUGGGACGUCUCUUAAUCAGACAGAGACUCCACGGAUGGAUGUCGCUAGUGGGACGUCUCUUAAUCAGACAGAGACUCUACAGAUGGAUGUCGCUAGUGGGACGUCUCUUAAUCAGACAGAGACUCCACAGAUGGAUGUCGCUAGUGGGAUGACUCUUAAUCAGACAGAGACUGUGCAGACGGAUGUUGCUAAUGAGACGUCCCUUAAUCAUACUGAGACUCCAAGUGGAUCUUUACAUUCAGCAAACCUCAGAGAGGACGAAAUCAUCAAUCCUGAUAAAUUGUUUUACUUUCUGUGA